AUGUCAGACGCAUUCCCGGCAGCAGGAACUUGUGCGGAGCUGCUUUUGGCUGAUAAAAAAGACGCCGUGUAUGAAAAUGAGCUCAAAAAUUUACUACGUGAUGUGUUGGAGCGCGGCUGCGGGGCACAUUUGUUGUCGCAGCUGCUACCGGAGCUGUCGGCCUUGUCCUCUUUGCUCUACUACGCAAUGUCUGUCGGUGUGCAGCAGCCUGGUCAGACGCUAGGGGAAGAGUUCUGCGACAUCAUUCGCGUGACCAAGUCUGGAUAUGAGCCCGUGGGGCCUGUCCAGCUUUGGCGCCAUUUACUAUGGCUCGCUUGUGGUGUGAUGCCCGAGUACCUAGUCGCGCGGUCGCAGAGCGGUUGGAAAAACUUGGGCCUGCUUACGCGUACGCCACGAGAGCGCAUGGAGCAGCAAAUGAGGCUUCGACAAGAAGCUGCAGAAGCAGUUACAGAGGUUUCUGAUGGUGUGCAGCCGCCUGUGAAAAGUAAAUUGGCAAGGAUCAAACCACUACGAUUGCUUUAUCAAGUUGAUCGUGUCGUGUAUAAACUGAAGUCAAUGCGUACGUGGCUUGAAAAUGAAUGUUUUUCGGCAUCGUAUCAGUUUAAUUUGGAUUGGGUACUGCAAUGGGGAGCCCACGCGCACCUUGCAGCUUUUUACGUGUUCGCACGGUACUUGCACGUGGCGAAGCGAGUAGCCAAUAUCCAAUAUGUUUUUGUACGGAAGGACUUGAUGUCUGGUAUGAACCUGUCUUUUCUUGGCUAUUUAAUGUCGCUGCGGCUGUUUACCACGGCGAUACUUGAGCUGAAGCGGCUUUACGGACACUACAAGCAGGAUAAGAAGCGGCAGCAGGAGGCAAGGGCAGUUGCCGGAGUUUCUGCAACUUCGUUUGGUUUUUCAGAGAGAGUGCCUUCGUCGCUUUCAUUCCCAACUGUGAGCAAGGCGUUUUCUCAGCAACAACCCGAACGUGAGCGUAGUGUUCCUCGGCAAUCUCGUCGUAAAUGUGCUCUUUGUCUGGGUGAACGUAUUUUUCCUGCCGCUACCCCCUGUGGUCACAUAUUUUGCUGGAAGUGCAUCGUAGGCUGGUGCCAAAAGAACAAAGCUGAAUGCCCGCUUUGUCGUCAAGAGACGCACCCUCAGCAGAUCAAGUGCGUGUAUAACUACAUUUGA